AUGCCUAAAAGGGGACAGGCCGAUUUUGACAAGCUUUUUAAAAUAAGGCCUCUUGUUGAAAUGUUGAAUAAAAGGUAUGCACAGUGCUAUCAGCCUCAUCAAAAAGUAGCAAUUGAUGAGUCAAUGGUGAAAUUCAAAGGCAGAAGCUCAAUGAAGCAGUACAUGAGGGACAAUCCUGUGAAAAGAGGCUAUAAAAUAUGGAUGCUAUGUGAUGAAUCUGCAUAUAAUUUCAAGUUCCAAAUUAAUAAUGGAAGAUUAGCUACAGAGAAGUCUGAACUGAGAGUGGGUGCACGGGAAGUAACAGAUUUAGGUGAAGAACUUCAUGGCAAAAAUCAUAUCGUUUUCUUGGAUAAUUUCUUCACAUCUUAUGAUCUUUUUGUCCUACUAAAACAUUUUCAGUUGGAACAGUGA